UUAUUAACCCUUUCAUACUCAGGCUAUCUGUGCUAUAAGAGAGGGGUUGUCGGAUCCUCUGGUUCGCACAGGACACAAACUCUCCCUGCAUCAGAGAGCUCUCAGGAUGAAAGAGGCUCCCAGCUGCAAAAAGUACCGACUCCAACUCCGAGAGCUGCCCACCCUCCAAGUCCAAGAUGUUAAACAUGUGACCAUUCGGGGCCAGCUGUUUCCUCAUGAGGGCGGGACGGGAAAAUCUAGAUUUCUUAUUCCAGAGAGUGAAGAAGGGGAAGGGAGCAUAAUUUGCUCUGUGGAGGAGUUCUGCUUGGACCAUUACCGACAGCUCGGCUUUGACCAAGGGAUCCAUGGAGAGGGAUCAACAUUCUCCACCUUGUUUGGUCUUCUGAUGUGGGACAUUAUCUUUAUGGAAGGUAUUCCUGAUGUCUUUAGGAACCCAUACCAGACUUGUCCUCUGGACUUUUACACCGACUGUUUCUAUGAAAACAGAAAGGAAGCAAUAGCCUCUCGUGUUGGGCUGCUUCAGGAGGCCACAGUGGAAACGCUGCGCGACAUGCUGCAAGAUGUCUGGGAAUCCCAGGAGGGCAAAGUGUGUUCGCUGGUCAGCUGGGAGCGAUUCUCAUCCCUCCAGCAGGCUCAGGUACUCUGCAUAGAUUCCAUUCACAUUUUAUUAAUUUUUUUAAGCAUUGCAUUAGAAGAGUUCGAUAGAAACAGAAGAAUUUGGAUCAACGUACUAAAUGUAGCUCAAGUUUUUACGCUCUGGAGGUGGUUUUAGAAAUGUUUUGUAAAUGUGCUAAAGAGGAGAUGGAAACACCUUAGAAUCCUACAAACUGGGUCUUUUGACGCCUCCGGAUGGCGUUAACCGUUGUUAAUACGAACUGACACGAUGAAGUGUGACUAAAACACAUUCAUUACAACCACUGCACUG